UUUUGCUAUAACACAGCUAGAAAAUUUUGAUAAAGAGUUAAAUAAGUCACUGUUUGUGAGUAAUAGUGAUUAUUAGUAGAUAACAUCACACAAAAACUGUUCAAUUAGGAAACUACAAUAAGACUACAAACAGACAAACACUGACUAAAAUAUAUAUUUUGUCUCCUCAUUUUUCAAUAUUUCUCUUUGUUAGUUCCUGUAUAGACAAAGGUCAGGCUCUGCACACUGUAGAAGAAGACUGUAACCCAAGUUAUAAACCAAACUAAAAUAAUAACUCUCACUGACAAUAACUCAAGUGCAUCUCAGAGUGUUGAGGACUUGGGUUCGCUGGCCCAGAUAGUCUGUCCCUGUGGACACAGUGGCCUUGUUUCAACAAAUUACAUUAGAAGCUCUUGGGGAUGUGACAGGACUGAGAAUCCUCUGAUUAUGGAAAUUAUUCAUUAUUAUAACAAACAGAAAAUCUAUCAGUAAGUUAGUCCAGCUGAGUCCAGUAUAACUUGCUGUAACCUGUGUUUUAAUGUUAUUCUUUAGUAUUACAGAGGUAUUAUAUCAUUGUUAUUGGCAGUAAAAGUAGUAGAUGUAUUGCUGCCAGUUCAGAUAUGUUUCCAUGUCUCUUCCAUUGUGGACAAACCACUGCAGUCAUACAAGUGUGAUUUUGCUGUGUGCAUCAUGUGAACUAAGUCCUCUGUAAUCAUCAUCAUUGUACUUGUUCAAUGUAUAUUGUUCUCUUUUACAAAUGUACAGGUUAGGAUUUAGAUUUAGACCAGGUUCGGGAUUUCAUGUUUUUUUUUUUUAAAUCAUUAUCAUCCUUGCUUGGCAUAAAUGAAGAACCAAUUUAAGGAGAUUUCAGUGAGUUAGGGUCAGAUGUUCAUGUGUGUGUGUGUGUGUGUGUGUGUGUGUGUGUGUGUGUGUGUGUGUGUGUGUGUGUGUGUGUGUGACAUACAGAGUGUCCAUGCUUAGGUACUGCAUGCCCACCCACGUAAGUAAACACAGAAAUCACUAAAAACAUUUUUGUUCAGAGUAUUGUUAUUUGUUGUGUUGUUACAUUUUUAUGUUCAAUGUGUUCCCUUAAUGUGUGUGCUGUAAUGGUUUAGUUCAUUACUCAAGAAAACAAAGUUUUAAAAUGACGGCCUUUUGUGUUGAAAUAACAGCUUGUAAACUCCAAAGUCAUCUUUAGCAAGCCAGCAUGAAAUGGGAGAAGUUAAAGCCCCCAGAGCCUGAUGAUCCUAUGUGUUGCUGUGAGUGUGAUAUCUACCAGUACGGAUGUUGCUGUGACUGUGAAGAUCUGGAUGAAGCCUUUAACAGGUGGCUGAAAGAAAAACCACCUAAAACUGGAUGUCAGUCUCCAGUUCUUGGGGCCAUGAUUGACAACCUAGAGAUCUCCAUGGUCCCGGCCCUGGUGCUGCUGCCUCUUCUGCUCCAGGUCGCAGCACUUCACAUCCUGCUGGGCCUCACCAUCCUGACAGCUCUGCCUGGCCUGGUCCUCUGGUACUACUACGCCACGCACCGAAAGAAGAGACGCACUGUCUUCUUCCUCACCCUUGCACUCUACUCUCUGGCCUACAUGUAUUACCUGUUCAUCACAGAGAUUUUACCACGCGGGGACGUCAGCCAGCUGCAGCUGUGCACCGUCACAGCUGGGAUGUUUUUCACCGUCGGUUCUCUUAUCCACACCAAGAGAGGCCCGGGAUUUGUGACCGCUUCCUUGUUUGAGGCUCACAGCCAGAGUCAGGAGGGUAACAAGGACUCUACACACCUUAACGGACGUGUCCAAUCAACAGUCUCCUCCUCCUCCUCCUCCUCCUCGGCAGAGGCUGUGGUGGAGACGACAAAAGAGGCCCUGACAGCAAAAUGGAGCAAGUGUCCGGUGUGCAAAAUAAUGAGACCCCCAAGGGCCGGACACUGUCGAACCUGUGGGUCCUGCAUCCAGCGUCUGGACCACCACUGCAUCUGGAUAAACAGCUGUGUAGGACAGGCAAACCACCGCAGUUUCCUGCUGACCCUCUCUGUGUUCGUGCUGACAUCUCUGUACGGGAUCAGUUUGGUGCUUUACAGCAUCUGUCCUCGGCAGAAUGUCGUGACAGCUCUCCUCUACUGCCCUGGCGUCUACAGCCAGUCCAGCACAGCGCUUUGCUUCACCUGCGCUUGGUAUAGCAGCAUCGUCACAGGUGGAUUGCUUUACCUGUUGGUGGUGCAAGUUCUAAACAUCAGCUUCAAUGUGACGGAGCGGGAGGCUCAGCUGGCUCUGAGGAACAAAACGGGGCAGAGCCGUCUGUGGGGACUCGUUAUUGACACAGGAGACUAUUCACGUGGCUUCUAUCAGAACUGGGUUGAGUUCCUCACCAUGGCAGAUGCCUCGGUUUCUCCUCACUCCGGCCUCACUGACUUGGUCUAGUUUUACUUUCUAGCAACAUCACAACAACAGCAUGUGUGAAGAAUUUCAUCUCAUGUAUUUCUUAGGACGUAUCAGAUUUCCAAAGCUUAUUGCAUUCCAGUCUCUUAAAUAUUAUAAAUCAAAAACAAUUUUAACUCUAAGAUAAGUCGCAGGGGAACAUAAAGGUGCUAGUGUUUACUGCUUAAAAAAGUACACACCAAUACAUGUUCAGGAGUUGGAAUUUGUAGCACAAUUGUCUUUUCACGGAAUAAAGCUGCUGGCACUGCCAUGUUAUUUUAAAUAUUCUCUCUACCUGCACAAAGUGAACAUAAUCUAUGCUGCCUGACUGACUUUAACACAUCUUUGACCAGUUGUAAAUUAGAAAAUGAAAUAAAAAUCUAAACUC